GAUCCAUGACAGUAUCACAUCUGAGGUGAGGUUUCCCCCCUUCCCCCUGCUCAACCUUGACAUCCUGUCUGUGGGAGGUAAACUCAAGCGGAUGCGCAUGUACAUAAACACAUCUUCCCUGUCUACUGACAUCCAGAUACGCAUACAGCCUGAACCUGGUAAUCUUCCUUCCCUUCUCCUGCAGUCAAAGGUUCCGCAAUGCUGAAAACGAACCAUCCCUCUGCAGCUUUUCUGUACCUUCCGGUCUUCCUUUUCCUCCCUGCUAUCUCUCCCCAAUGCCAGACCGCCCCAGAGGACCGCUGUCAGGAACAUAAGGAUUUUGUGCCGGGCCACAACUUGGCUGGGGAGGGUUUUGACAUAACAACCCUAGAGAAGAAGGGGGCCAGAGUGUUGGACAUGAGUCUGUGGCAGAAGCCAGACGGGACUUGCGUUUUGUGCCAGAACCCACUGCUGGAAGGGAAGCCACUCCAGAGACUCCCGUUGGCCGCUGCUGACUGGGAGGCCAAAGUCAUGUGCCAGAGGAAAGUUCACACCUCCUCGCAGAACUCGGGCCUCUCUGUGGUUCAAGGAGCCUCAUCCGAUGUGCAAAAUGACUGGAAGGUUGGGCUGAACGUGGAAAUCCAUCCGAAUGCUAAAGCCGAGGUGUCAUUGGCCGGAUCGCACUCCAAGGUGGCCGACUUCAGCAUGGAUAAAAGCUCCCGGGACAAGUACACUUUUGCAAAGCAUGAGGUGUCCUGCUCUUAUUACAGCUUCCGUGUCAGCCAUCACUGGCCACUCACCCAGCAUUUCAAGCAUGCCCUGAAGAACCUCCCUCGAACGUACCAACGCGAAUCUCGGCUGGAAUACCGCCAGCUUAUCGAAACUUACGGGACUCAUUUUAUAACACGCCUUCACUUGGGGGGGCGGGUGAGGGAUGUGACCGCUUUGCAGGUGUGUAAGUCAGUGCUGGACGGAGUGAACGCUGAUGAGAUCAAAGACUGCCUGGCCAUCGAAGCAGCUGCCAGUAUUGGGGCUGACAAAGGGAAGAUGGAUGCAACCUACAAAACAUGUGAAGAGCUAAAGAAAAGAAGUAAGUUCCAUGGCGACUUCCACCAGAUGUACAAGGAGAGGUACACAGAGGUCGUGGGCGGUCAUGGUCACAUGGACCUGCUUUUUUCUGAUGACCAGAACAAAGAGUUGUUCAAAGAGUGGUUGGAAGGCCUCAAGUCUAUGCCUGGCCUACUCUCCUACCAUCUACAACCCAUCCAUAACCUGGUGCCCAAGGCGGAUCCUAAGAGAGAGGGCUUAAAGCAGGCAGUGAGUGAGUAUGUGACUGAAAGAGCCCUAUGGAGGAACUGCAGCCAUCCUUGCCCACCGGGAACCCAACGUAGCCCUCGGGACCCCUGCUCCUGUAUAUGUCACAGUGACAGCACCACUGAUACUAUGUGUUGUUCAAGGAAACGAGGACAGGGUAAACUCACAGUGACCAUUCAACGUGCCCAUGGAUUGUGGGGAGACCAUUUCACACACACCGAUGCUUACGUCAAGGUGUUUUACCAAGAAAGGGAGAUUCGCACACCCACCAUUUGGAACAAUAACAAUCCGGUAUGGAACGUCCACUUAAACUUGGGAAAUGUCCAGGUCUUGGGAGAAACUAGCAAGAUUCGACUACAAGUCUGGGACGAGGACAACAAAUGGGAUGAUGAUCUUCUGGGAUCAUGUGACCAAAUACUGCAGAGCGGGAAGCCACAUGAUGAAGUCUGUUACUUUACUCAUGGAAGCCUGUAUUUCCAACACCACUUGGUCUGUGGCCCCUACCUUGGUGGCCCCUUCUGCCUAGAUUAUGUGCCUCAGCAACCAAAAUAUGUGGGUGCUCUGUUACAGCGUAAGGGCAAAGCAGAUCCUGUGACAAAGGCUCCCUGAGUAAAUAAACCUCUGCUUUUGUCCAAGAAUGGAGACUCACAGGUGGUACUUACCGUGUUUCCCCGAAAAUAAGACAGGAUCUUAUAUUAAUUUUUGCUCCAAAAUUGCAUUAGGGCUUGUUUUCAG